UGCGAGAGUUAUUCAUUUAAUUUUUUAAUGAAAGUUUUUGAAGUAUAAAUGUGAUUUUAAAAUCACUAAAUUGUAACAUAUUAUUUAUUUUACAAAAAAAAAACUCUUAUAAUUUUAUUUAACUUAAAAAAACAAAAAUAAUACAAAAGCGGAGUGAACACUUUAAAUUUUGUUGAAGUAAUAAAAUUUUAACCUAAAAAAAUUUGCUUGUCAUUUCCAACGCAAUAAAAUUCAACUUUUAGUUCAAACAAACACAAAAGAAGAUCAUUAUAUAUAUGUACAUAUGUACAAAAAUUGUUAUAAUAGUUAGUUACCAAGUUGCGUCAAUAUUAAAAAAAUACACACUUGUAAACUGUUAACAAUUUAAAUUAUUAAAAGUUCAUUUGUUAAAGUUAAAUAAGUUGUAUAAUUAAUUAAUUACUUUUUAUAAAAAUGGCUGGUAAAGAAUAUACAUUGGCUGAAGUUCUUGAACAUAACUCAAAUAAAAGUACAUGGCUUGUUAUACAUAAUAAUGUAUAUGAUGUAACUGAAUUCUUAAAUGAACAUCCUGGUGGUGAAGAAGUUUUAAUUGAACAAGCUGGCAAAGAUGCUACUGAAAAUUUUGAGGAUGUAGGUCACAGUACUGAUGCUAGAGAAAUGAUGAAAAAAUUUAAAAUUGGAGAAUUAGUUAAGUCUGAAAGAAAAGUUGUUGCUGAAAAAUCUGAACCAGAUUGGACAACAGAUCAACAAAAACAACAAAAUUCAGGAAAUCUUUUUAACACAUGGAUUAUGUAUUUUGCAUUGGGUUUAGUUGCUACAAUCAUCUAUAAAUUUGUAUUUUCGCAAUAAUAGCUAGGAAAUAGUAAAAAAAAGUUGUACAGAUUUUAAAUCAAAUAUAUAAAAAAUUAAUUUGUUUUUUUUUUUCAUAAUUUUUUUCUCUGCAUUUAUAAGAGUUAAAAAUUCAGCUUAAUUUUUUUUUAUAUGAGCAAAAAUAUUGGUACUCUAUGUUAAGUUAAUCAUUCCUUUUCUAAAGAUUUUUGUCAUAAAAUUUAGUUGAUAUUUUAAAAUAUGUAAUUGCUAAUUUUUUAUCAGAUUUAAACAUUGUUAUUAAAAUUAAAAUCUAAGUCUGAUUAUUUUACACAUAAAAGAAUAUACAUAUAAUAGGUAGGUACCUACCUACAUACAUAUGUGAACAAAAAAUGAACAACAAAAAAGCAAAUAACAAAGUCCUCAUUUAAAAAUCAUGAGAUAUCAGUUUUAAAAUUAAUUUUUUAAAAAGCUUCUACUCACAUAUACUUUUUUUUUAAAGUAGUUCUACAAAAAAUACAUUAAGUUGUAGAUAUUUCUAUAUAAAUGUGUUAAAAAAAUUAAAUUUUUGAUUUCGUAAUGUAAUUGUGCUUGCAAUAUUUGAAAUUGCAUAAAUUAAACGGUGUGAACCUUAUUUUUAACAUUUUAACAUUUGUAUUUGGUCUUAAGGUUUUUAAUAAUAUUUUUCAAGAAAAUAUUAAUUUCUCUAUUACUUAGGUUUUAUUACCUUUCUAAUAAUUAAAAAAGAAACAAAAAUAAUAUAUAAGAAUAAAAGAUAUUGAAAAAAUCACUAAAAUUUGCAGUCAAUUUAAUUUUUUUUCAGCUUCAGUUUGUAUAAAAUUAAUAUUAUUAAUCUAUAGUCCUUUUAAUAUCUACCACUUAUUACAAAUAUUUAGAAUAAAAAAUUUAAAGAUCUAAUUCUUUGAGAUUCCGAGAAAUCAUUUUCAUUUCCGAGACAUUUUUUAGUUGCAAAGCCACAUUUAAUUAUUUCUGAAAUAAAUUAGUUAUGCUAUAAUGAUCAUGCAAAAUUAUUUAAAAAUUUUAUUUUUAUAAAAUAGCUAUUUGUAUUAGGUGAACCACACAACAUAUGUAGGAAACCACACACAAUUUUAUCUCAUUUUUUUUAUGAGUAGACGACCAACACUACGAUUAUGAUGUUUAUGAAAUCUGACCCACUUAUAUAAUUCAAUAAAUCUUCAUUUCAAAAAAAAAAAAAUUUCUUUUUCAAGAAACAAAAAAUCUUGACCUUAAAAUUUAAUUAAUAGCCAAAUAGCUAGAGUUGGUUUAAUUUUUGGAAUUUUUUUUCGUUUUUUUUUUUUGUGUGCGAGUUAUUUCUUACAGUGUUUUAUCUGAAAACUUUCAAUUUUGAUGGUUUUAAUACUGAAAGAAAUCUCUUAAUUUAAACUCACGAGGCAGAGUAAUUCGUGUAUAGGAAAAAUAAAAUUAAAGAAAUAAAUUACAUAUGUACAAAAUACAUAUAUAUUUUUUGUGUGUUAUCUUAAGUGAAGUCCAAAGUCUAUCACUUAAAUUAUUCAAAUUAAAUUCCUUUUUGUGUUUUUAAAUAAUAAUUUUGCUUGCGAAUAAUGAAUUUUAAAGUAAAAAACAUUUAUAAAAUUUCAUAAAUUUCUGUUAUACAAAUUUUAUUAAUGUGUUUUUAAGUAUAUGUAUAGUUAUAGGGUUAUACCUAGUUUUAGUGGAGAAGUUUUUUUUUUAUAUAAUUUUGAAUUUUUAGUAAUUUAAGUGUUCAUUUUAAAUUAAAUGUUUUUAUAUUCUAAUGUAAUAAAGAAAAAAAAUUUUUUUUUAUAUGUAACUUCCAAUCUAAUUCUAAAAUUUCAAUAAAAUUAUUUAAUAUAUUGGAUGGUUAAUUUUGAAAAUGACCUAAGCCCAUUUUAAUUAAAAAUUAAAUAUUUCUCCGUUUGGGUAUAAAGUAAUCAAAAAAUUGGAUUAGCUGGCUAUUAGUUUUAUAGAAUAUUUAUUUUCACAUCCGAUAUCAUAAGUUUCGUUUCCAAGUAUUGACAUUAUUAUUGCCUUGGAAAUAAAAGAGUUUUGAAAUGGCAAAUGAACUUAAGUCAUUCAAAAUGAACCAUUCAUAUGUAAUUACUUUUUAAGUAAUUAAAAUUGUGAAAACAUGGAAUAAAAAAUUCAAUUUCUUAAGAAAUUUUUUCAUUUUAAAUACAAAUAAAUGUAUUUAUAUAUGUACCUAUAUUAAAUAUUUUCUGGGAAUCAUUCAUAUAUUAUGUUCAUAAUAUAAUUCUUCAAUAUGAUUCUUCAAUCACCUUUGCUGCAUAAUAUGUAUAAAAUUUAGCUACCUGUUCUAUACACGAUUUCAACUUAACUAGAUUUCAACAGGUACUUAUCUACUUGUUUAUAAAUAGUCUCGUAGACUAUGGGAUUAAAAUUACUCUUGUAAUUAAAUAUCUUAAGAGUAAUUAAGGAGAAAAUAACCAAAAAUUUAAAUACAUACCUGUAUACUUUUGAAUUUUAAUAUGUAUAUAACAAUGCAUAUUAGAUGGAAUUUUUUAUCUACCAUUGGAAUUCAACAUGUAUGCAUUAUGUUGUUGCUAUUAAUUGAAGUUCGAUAUUAUUCCAAAAAAUUUUACCAGACAUGCAUGAUAGGUACCAGAAAAUUGAAAAGAAAAGGUUAUUAUGCUUUUGUUCAGUUACUGUUACAAGUCAACAUAAAUGGGUAUAAAAAGUAUAAUAAUAGAAUGUUUAGUAAAUUGGAAAUAAAUAAAACAUGAAAAAUAUCAAUUUAUACAAUUAAUUAGUAUUGAAAUAUUCAAAUAAUUUACAAUUCACAUAAUAUGACUUAGCAAUAUUCAAAAUAGAUAAAAUAUUAAUUUAAACUAAUAUUUUCUGUUGUAUAAUAAAUGUUUGUCAUUACUUUGUUAUCAUAUCGUACUUUCUUUAAGGCACACUUAUCUCAAAUUCUUAUCAUAUUUUUUUUUUUUUAAUAAAAAACGUGCUAAAUUGUUAAUUAUCAGGAAUAUUUUUAGCAAAUUUCGUUGAAACAUUGAGUAGAAGAGAUUGUAAGGCUUAGAAAAAACAACAAUGUAAAAAUUUUAGUAUAGAUCGCUAUGUAUGUAGCUAUGACUGCUGAAUGGUUAUUCAAACGAUUUUUUUUAAAUUAUUGUAAGUUAUAUAAUGUAUUUCAGUUCACCCUGACCAUCAUUAUUUACUUAUUAUUUAUUUGGUUGACAAUGAGAAUUUUAUAAUAUUCAAAUUUAUAUAAUAAAAGUGUAUAAUACACACGUUUAAUACAAGUAAUAUUUAAGUAGUUCUCAACAACAUUUUUUGAAAUUUGUAUUGAAAAGUAUGUAUGUACAUUGUUUUUGAGCACAUAUGUAGAGAAUGCUGAAUAAACGAAUUCUCAGUGCCAAUUUCAAUAUAAAUUUUUGAACACAAUAACAAAUUAUUGAAAUAAAAUGAUUGACCGAAUGAAAUUCCCUUUUGGUCUUAGUUGGAAUUGAAGAAAAUGAUAAAACUAUAAUUUUACGAGAAAUAAUAUUAAAAAUAAUUCAAUUAAGAUUUGAUAGGAAUUGCCUAUAUAAUUAUUUAAAGUUAAUUGUCGUGUUGGAGAUCAUCAAAAAGCUAAAGAAAUUCGUGUAUGAAUGAAAAAACAAAACAAAUUAAGUGCUGGUAGAAUCUGUUUGUCAUAAGAAUGACAAUAAAUUUUUUCAUAUAAGUAACUAGUUAUAAACAUUUUAAAAAUGUAUAUUUAAAAUGAGCGUAAUCUAAUCUAACAAUUUCAAAGUUAUACAGAUAAUAUUAGAGUUCCUACUUAUAAUAAAUAAUUUGAAAAUAAUCUAAUAUCUAAUAAUUAUAAAAAAUGAUAUGAUUAUUUUAUUACAAUACAAUUUAUUUGCCUAUAUUUUAUAAGUUCUUUUAGAAAUAUGAAAUUACGCAAGUAUCAAAUAUUAUUUGUUUGUUAUCGACUACAUCGUAUACAUUAAGGGAGGUUAUGUGAUGGCACAAAAAGUCAGAUGUCAAGUUUUCGGUGGGAAUGCAUUUUUCCAUGGUAGGGAAGAGUAAAUAAACUAUUUUUAGCAAGAUGUCGGUAUUUUUGCAUUUUAGUUUGUCGGUCUGGGUCUGUACGCGGUUCAGCUGAAUAGACUAACGAAAUUUUAUAUAUUAUGAGUUUAUUUUUGGCUAAAUUUAGUGGUUGGUUAUGUGCUGACCACAUCAUAUCUGUUCUUUUUUUUUUUGAAUUUCUGUAUAUCGUUAAUAUUUUUUUUAUAAAAAAAUACAAGUUUGCUGCUUUGCUUCAAUGUUUUUUAUUUAUGGUUUUGAUUACUGGUUGCUCUUUUUGAUUUUGUGCGAAUUUAUAAAAAAUUUCUAUUGUUCUUUAUGGUUCUAUGCAUAUCAAGAAGAAGC